AUGUCAUUUUGUUAUAGAGCAAAACAUUGUGGUGUUGAUGCCAACCGCUGCUAAUAGUAAAAAGAAGGAUCCAAACCUGUCUGGUUUCACAGUAGCCGGAUGUGACGUUUGUUAUUACUGGAGGAAAGUUUGACAGUAGGUAAUGGCCGAUUGAGCACGUUGUCGACUGGUUGUUGACCCAAUUAACACUCGUUUGUUUUUUAUAGCUGAUAUUCGUAUCAGUGGAAUUACCCAGAUUAAUAUGCCUUGUCAACAGAUUAGCAGUAGUAAUUCCGAUCACGCCGCCAUGAAGCAGGUGAGGUUUGCUAACAAUGGUAACGUUAGCGUCAAUGUGAAUGACAUUUCAGUAGUCGCGCAUAAAGACAACGAGGUUGACACGAAACCUGACGGCACUGGCAGUGAAGAUAAUGCAGACCUACAGACACUGCUUGGACCGCAGUUGAAACUUCUACCCCUGAAUGACCAAAUUCGGGAACUGCAGACCAUCAUAAGAGACAAAUCAACCAGCCGAGGAGACUUCGUGUUUUGCGCUGAUCGUUUGAUUCGUCUUGUGGUUGAAGAAGGACUCAAUCAACUACCCUAUACAGAGUCCACAGUGACCACACCAACAGGGCACAAGUAUGAGGGAGUGAAAUUUGAGAGAGGCAACUGUGGGGUGAGCAUAAUGAGGAGUGGAGAGGCUAUGGAGCAGGGCCUGAGAGACUGCUGUAGAUCUAUUCGCAUUGGAAAGAUCCUCAUCCAGAGUGACGAAGAGACACAGAAGGCCAAAGUUUACUACGCCAAGUUCCCACCGGACAUCUACAGACGCAAAGUCCUGCUCAUGUACCCGAUCUUGAGCACUGGAAACACUGUCAUCGAAGCUGUCAGGGUCCUGAUUGAGCACGGUGUCCAGCCCAAACACAUCAUCCUCCUAAGCCUCUUCUCCACUCCUCAUGGCGCCAAAUCUAUCAUUCAGGAGUUUCCAGACAUCACCAUACUCACCACAGAGGUGCACCCGGUUGCCCCCACCCAUUUUGGACAGAAAUAUUUUGGCACAGACUAAUCCCCCUUCCACUCAAGAAGCGUGGAGGAACGUGUGUGUGUGUGUGUGUGUGUGUGUUUCAGUUGUCUCUCUUGGGGAAGUGUUGAUACGAGAACUUCGUCCUGUGUCACACAUCUCAAAUAUUAUGUCAGUGUACAGUUCCCACAGACAGGGCUUUUGCUGUAGUCCUAAACUUGCCAGAAUGGUAAAGAAUUGUGGUGAAUAGAUUUCUGGGUUAGCCAGAUUUGUGCCCAUUCUUUUACUCUCCGCAGUUGUCCACAUAACUCCGUAAUCCUGUUUCGUGGAAUACCCGACAGGACUAGGCUUAACUCUGUUUGUGAAACACCCCCCAUCUGUUUUCAAUUCACUAUGUACAAAAGCAAGAAAUGGACUUGUCUCUUCAAAGCCUGAUGAUAAGAAAAUACAGUUUUGGAGUGAGCUGUGGAUCAAGUAGACGUUGCUAUUUUAUUUAUUGAUUAUUAUCUGAAGGGACUGACAGUUUUGCUUUGUUGUCCAUUUGAAAUGUGCUUAGCCAUAUCUCUGUGUAACAGUCACCAUAAUGCAGAACAUGUGGCCUGCCUCAUAUUCCCUCCAGCCAAAGGGACAUUUUAAUGUGUAACAGACGUCCUUGUGAGUAUGUAUUACUUUGGUAUAGGUAAAUUAACUAGCCUGUCUUCUGUUUAUCCAAAAGGAUCCCGUUGUUGGAUUCUGUGGCACAUGUGUGUUUUGCAGCAGGCACAGCUACUCAGGUUUGUGUACGUAGAGGCGUUAGGAGUAUCAGUCGAGACUUAGAGACACAAGGACAAGUCAAGAAAGCCACCAGUCAUGUUUAAUGGGUUUCGUGUACAUUGACCACCAAUUGUGCCCAAAGAGCUAGUAGGUGACAAACAAGUCACAUUUUGAAGGGGCUGAUUUUUAUUUGUAAAAAAAUCUGUCAGAAAUGUUUAGGAAUGGGUUGUCUGAAAAUAGUGCUGAUGAAUCAGCAGCUACUGAUAUUGUCUGCAUGUUUGAGUUUCUUUUGUGAUGGGGGUGGGGGGGCUAGAGGUUGUGAGUAUUUGAAAAGUUUGUCUUUUUGAUAUAUUAGUUAGUUGUUAAAGUAAAACAGCUGAUGUUGAAUGAUCUUUUCCAAAUGAUGCCUGGUAUGCCACAGCAACAUCACAUGAAUCAAGGUCUGUGUGUGUGUCGGUGUGUGUGUCUGUGCGUGUGAAUACAGCACAAUAAUACAAACUGACUGGAAAUACAGCAGCAUAGAAACAGUUAUGUCUUUACCUCCGGCCCAGACAGAAUAUACAAAUGACAUGUUUAAAUGUUAAAAUACUGAAAAUAAAGGCUGACAAUUCAAGACA